UCUGCUUUCAGAGAAAGAGGGAAAAUGGAGUCUUCAACUUCCUCAAUCUCCGUGACAGCCUCCUCAAACCCACCUUCCAAACGCCUUUUGUUUGAUCGCCGUUAUGGUUGGGUAAUUGAUGAAUGGAAAGACCCAUCGGAGGAAGCUCUGGCAGGUGGCCGAGGAAUGUUUUGCGUCCUGCCUCUUGCAAAAUCUUUGAUAAAGAUGGCUUCGCAGUCGAUUAAUCUUGCAGCGAACUCAGCAGUGAAAGCUCUUGAAAGGCCAGACCUGCUUUCUCCUCAGCUAUUGCAAGCUGGUCUAAAUGAUCGGCUUUACAAAAUUAAGUCUUCUUUGCCAAAGCCGGAAUUCAACUAUUUCUUACUCAAAGGAAAUCUCUCAUCAAAAGCUGCUAGUUCCUCCUCACGUAAACAAACAGAAAGCAAUAAAUCGUAGAUGAUUUUAAAUGAUUUGAUUUCUUAAAUUCCUCGUAGGAGUACCCAUCCGGUAUUGUUUUAGGUCAAAAUUAGGUAUGGUUUUGGAGUUUGUAACAAUCAGCAUUGUAUGGUAUCUUGCAGUAAUUGUAUGGUAAAACAUUUUGCUUUAUAAUCCUAAAAAUUUUCACGUACUUUAUGAAGCAUU